GGGUGCGUUGCUCGGAGACGGAAAGUUUGGGAGCCAGAGCAGGCUCGGCUGUGGCCCUGGCGAGGGGUUCCGGGGGGCGGCGGCACUGGGGAUGGGGAAGGAGCAGGAGCUGCUGGAGGCAGCCCGCACCGGGCACCUCCCGGCUGUGGAGAAGCUGCUGUCCGGGAAACGGCUCUCCUCGGGCUUCGGCGGCGGCGGCGGCGGCGGCUCCGGGGCCGGCGGCAGCGGUGGCUCCGGGGGCGGCGGCGGUCUCGGCUCCUCUAGUCAUCCGCUCUCCAGCCUGCUCAGCAUGUGGAGAGGGCCAAAUGUGAACUGCGUUGACAGCACUGGCUACACACCGCUGCACCACGCUGCUUUGAAUGGUCACAAGGAUGUGGUUGAGGUUCUCCUGCGGAACGAUGCCCUGACCAACGUGGCUGAUUCCAAAGGCUGUUACCCCCUGCACUUGGCAGCCUGGAAAGGAGACGCCCAGAUAGUGCGCCUGCUCAUCCACCAGGGGCCCUCACACACCAGAGUCAACGAACAGAAUGCUCUUGAGAUCAAAGCACUCAAAAAGUACGGCCCCUUUGACCCUUAUAUCAAUGCCAAGAACAAUGACAACGAGACAGCCCUGCAUUGUGCCGCGCAAUAUGGCCACACGGAGGUGGUAAAGGUGCUCUUGGAGGAGCUCACAGACCCCACCAUGCGCAACAACAAAUUUGAGACCCCCCUGGACCUGGCAGCACUCUACGGGCGGCUGGAGGUGGUGAAGAUGCUACUGAAUGCCCACCCCAACCUCCUGAGCUGCAGCACCAAGAAGCACACACCUCUGCAUCUGGCCGCACGGAAUGGCCACAAGGCAGUGGUCCAGGUCCUCCUCGACGCUGGCAUGGAUAGCAACUACCAGACGGAGAUGGGCAGUGCUUUGCAUGAGGCUGCUUUGUUUGGCAAGACCGAUGUGGUGCAAAUCUUGCUGGCUGCAGGAAUUGAUGUCAACAUAAAAGAUAACCAUGGACUGACUGCCCUUGACACUGUCCGGGAACUGCCUUCGCAGAAAAGCAAGCAGAUAGCAGCACUUAUCGAAGAUCACAUGACUGGAAAAAGAAGUGCAAAAGAUGUAGAUAAAAGCGCCACAGCCCAGCCGCCUCUGCUGUCCAGCGUGGACUCCAUUGCACAGAAGUCUCAGGGUGACGUGGAGAAAGCAGUGACUGAGCUGAUCAUUGAUUUUGACACCAAUGCUGAGGAGGAGGGACCCUACGAGGCACUGUAUAACGCUGUCUCCUGCCACUCGCUAGAUAGCUCGGCCAGCGGGCGGUCGUCAGACCGAGAGUCCACGAGCAAGGAGGCCGAGGCCACAGGCGCCAGGACAGCUGGAGUGAGGCCUAGAGAACGCCCGCCACCUCCAGCAAAGCCACCGCCCGACGAAGAGGAGGAAGACCGCAUAGAUAAGAAGUAUUUUCCCUUGACAGCUUCUGAGGUCCUGGCCAUGCGACCCAGGGCUCAGGGGAGCACAGGCAGGGAAGAGGACGAACACCCUUAUGAGCUGCUCUUAACAGCGGAGACGAAGAAGCUGGUGUCGGUGGAUGUAAAAGCGAAAGACCACAGGCAAAGCAGCGGCAGCCGGAGCCAGGACUCCACAGAGGGGCAGGACGGGCAGGUCCCGGAGCAGUUCUCGGGGCUCCUCCACGGCUCCUCCCCGGUGUGCGAGGUGGGGCAGGACCCUUUCCAGCUGCUGCCUGCUUCGGGCCAGAACCAUCCCGACGGGUCCCCGCAGCAGGACGCCUGCCACGAAGCCAGCAUGCAGCUGGAGGAGGCGGGUGUGCACACCCCCGGAGGCUCCCAGCCCGGCAGCCUGGACCAGAGCAAGAGAACAGGCUACCCAGCAGGCUUGCCCUCUGCCAGCAGCCGAGCGUACCCCGAAACUUUGACUCACACUGCGCCCCCGCACCCUGCUGGUGCUGAGGAAGAAGGAGAGCGGAGCGGGGCCAGAAGCCGAGCCCCUCCCACCAGCAGACCCAAAGCGGAGCUCAAACUUAGCCGCAGUUUGUCCAAGUCUGACUCUGAUCUUCUGACCUGCUCACCCACGGAGGACACCACGAUGGGGAGCCGGAGUGAGUCUCUGUCCAACUGUAGUCUCGGGAAGAAGAGGCUGGAGAAGUCGCCGUCCUUUGCCUCAGAGUGGGAUGAGAUUGAGAAAAUCAUGAGCUCAAUCGGAGAAGGAAUCGACUUUUCUCAGGAACAGCAGAGGAUCUCAGGUUCGCGGACGCUGGAGCAGAGCGUCGGGGAGUGGCUGGAGGCCCUCGGGCUGCAGCAGCAUGAGAGCAAGCUGCUUCUGAAUGGCUUUGACGAUGUCCGCUUCCUGGGGCCUAACGUGAUGGAAGAGCAGGACCUGCGGGAGAUUGGCAUCAGCGACCCCCAGCACCGGCGGAAGCUACUCCAGGCUGCCCGCUCCCUACCCAAGGUGAAGGCCCUGGGCUACGAUGGACACAGCCCCCCAUCAGUGCCAUCCUGGCUGGACUCCCUGGGGCUGCAGGACUACGUCCACUCCUUCCUGUCCAGUGGCUACAGCUCCAUCGACACUGUGAAGAACCUCUGGGAGCUGGAGCUGGUCAAUGUCCUGAAGGUCCACCUGCUGGGCCACCGCAAGCGCAUCAUUGCCUCCCUAGCAGACAGGCCCUACGAGGAGCCGCCGCAGAAGCCACCACGGUUUUCCCAGCUGCGAUGCCAAGACCUGCUCUCCCAGACGUCGUCCCCCAUGAGCCAGAAUGACUCCUACACUGGGCGGUCAGCAGACCUGCUGCUGCCUUCGGGGGACACGAGCAGGAGGCGUCACGACAGCCUUCAGGACCCCGCUGCCCCAUCUCGAGCUGAGCGCUUCAGAGUCCAGGAAGAGCCCCGUGAGGCCAAGCUGACCCUGCGGCCACCCAGCCUGGCUGCCCCUUAUGCCCCCGUGCAGAGCUGGCAGCACCAGCCAGAGAAGCUCAUCUUCGAGUCCUGUGGUUACGAGGCCAAUUACCUGGGCUCCAUGCUCAUCAAAGACCUGCGAGGGACAGAAUCCACUCAAGACGCCUGCGCCAAGAUGCGGAAAUCCACGGAGCACAUGAAGAAGAUCCCCACCAUCAUCCUAUCCAUCACGUACAAGGGUGUCAAGUUCAUCGAUGCUUCCAACCAGAAUGUCAUUGCGGAGCACGAGAUCCGGAACAUCUCCUGUGCGGCCCAGGACCCAGAGGACCUGUGCACCUUCGCCUACAUCACCAAGGACCUGCACACCAGCCACCACUACUGCCAUGUCUUCAGCACCGUGGACGUGAACCUGACGUACGAGAUCAUCCUGACGCUGGGCCAGGCAUUCGAGGUGGCCUACCAGCUGGCCCUGCAGGCCCAGAAGUCGAGGCCAGUGGGGGCUGCCGUGCCUGAGAUGAUCGAGACGAAAGCCUCCAAGCCGGUGCCUAAGCCUCGGGUUGCCGUGAGGAAGUCUGCAGUGCCGCUGCCCCCUGAUAGUCGCUGUUGUUACUGUCACACCUGUACCACCCACCGUCCUUCCUACCUACCGCUGCCGUCUGUUAGUCCCGGAGUCAAGCUGGAGCCACCCGACACAGACCAGGAGGUCCAGUCCCACGCCAGUGUCUCCUGGAUCGUGGACCCAAAGCCAGACUCUAAGCGGAGCCUCAGCACCAAGUAUGAGACUACUAUCUUCUAACAGCCCACCCUGUCUCCUAGUCUCACUGUGCCUUUGCCACUGGGCUUUCUGCUGUCUCAGCUCCUCCGGCUAUGCCGCCUCGGCCUUGGCCCCAGCUCCAUGGGGACCCGCGCUCCUCCCGGCAGCAGCUGCCACCACCACACUCACAGCUCUUUACGUACACCACCGAACACUGUGAAUACUCCCCCGGGCUGAGGACAGCGGGGGGCAAAUGGCCUUUAAGGUGGGCACCAAGGGGAGCCUCUGGACAGGCACUGUGAAUCCUAAGGGUGGGAGUGCUCUCCCGUCUGUCUUGAGCCACAGCUGGGGCCACGUGCUGACUGUUCCACCUUUCCUCACACAACCAACCACUGUGACACCAGGGAGAGCGCCCUGCACUACUCACAGCUGGCCGCUCCCAGGUGCUGACCUCUCAUGGUGAGGCCCCACGAGGCCCUUGGCUCAGUGACGUGGCCUAACCUGGAAGACUGCUUUGAGAGCCAUAGGUCUGGGCCAGGCCUGUCGGCACAGGCUGGCUGCUUAGCAGGCUCUCUGGUCCUAGUGGGCCCCCUGUGCCGUGGCACCUUGUGGCUGGACCCUCCAGUCUGCACCAUUGCACCCUGAAGCUCUGCAGGUGGCCUGUGGCCUGUGCCAGUACCCCCUGCCCUUACAGAAUGCCAGGGGCCUGGGCUGAGCCUUCCAGUCUACUAGAGGGUCUGCCACCUCUAAGCUGUGGGGUGACAUAAGCUGUGACCCGGAGAAGCAGAGUGGUUUAGUGACCAAGGAAGGCAAGGCUCCAGUAGGAGGUGGUGCAGAUGGAGUACCGUCUCGGGCGAAAGCCAGAAAGGCGGCAGCACAGCCAGGGUGACGAGCCAGGGCAGGUCCUCAGCGCCCGCCUGUCCUGUGCCUUCCAGGCAGGUGGCCGGCCAUGGAGGGCACUCCACCUCAGGCAGGCUGCUCUUCUGGGAGGCUGUGAGGGACCCUCUGCCCUGCUUCUGUGCUCCUUUUGGUUUCCUCCACCUUGUCCUGGCCCCCACUGUUAACCCUGUCCUCCCCCCAUUGUUUGCUUCUGCCAAGCUGAGCCACGAGGAACCACACUGCUGCGGAAACAGAAGUGGGGAGCGCAGGCUCCUGCCACCAUCGCAUCUCGGGCCGGCAGCUCUGAAGACCAGGCCCGCCCUGCCUGUGGACCUGCUCGGGGCGCAGCCUGGUCCCUGGCAGAUGAGACUGGAACUCCAGAAGGUCAAGACGUGACUUGUCCACGAUACAUGUUUUUAGUAGAAAAGAAAAUUUUUAUAAAAUGAACUUUUAACACUUGGCUCAAACCUCUAGGUAAACUGCCAAUCCUUAGACCAUCAUGGGGUCAGAGGACAGGAAGCUGAGGCUGCGACAGCAUAGCCCACAUAGCCGUCUUCAGAGUAGGGCUCGGUGUGGGCAGCCAGUGCGGAGCAGAGCCAAGCAGGUGUCUGAGCCUGCAACCCAACCAAGGUAGCUUCUGUUUAAGUUGCCUAACGUCUGGUCCCUGUCUGGAACUGACUGGGCUCUUCAGUAGGAGCACAGCCCCAGACACCUGACUGAAGCAGACUUCCAGCCUGUUUCUGGGGCUCCAAAUGUGAAGGUCCAGUGGCCCCCUGGAGAGAAGUAACAGUUCCUGGUGCCAGGCGGCCAGGACCGCGCUAGGAGCUCCUCCACUGCUCGCCCCAUGGCAGGCUGUGUGCCCUGGAGCCAACUGCCACGCUUUUUUGCUCUAGUGAGGUCCUGUUGGUGGCCGAGUCAAAAGGGAGAACAGGCAGCCAUGUCUGGGGCAUGAACGUAGGUCAGCAGAGAUGGCCACUUGCCACGUAGUGACUCGUCUGGUAGGUCUGUAUGAUUAAGCUCAUUCAGGUUCUCUGAAUUGCUAGGUUGACCACUGCACUCUGUGCUGCUGGGCUCAUCCCUGGCUCAAGGCAUGGAAAAGGCUAGAUCAGGCAACAGUCUUGUUUGAUCCCCCAGUUGUGGCCGUGACAGCAGGCUGUUGUCCUGGCGCUGGCCGCUGUGUAAUCUUCCUGCCAGCUUGCUUUGCUUUCAGCCACAGGGGCUUCCUUCUUGCCUCAAGGACAAGAACUGGCCCUAUAGGGCAGUGAGGCCAAGCUGGGACAGCCACUUGUCCCCUUGGGCUUUCCCGGCCCUGGUCCUGUGGGUCCCAGGAAGAAUUUUCCAGGUGUAGAACUUUCACAGCCCCUGGGGUGGCCCACAGUCUCAGGAGGGCCGAGUCCCCACGAGGCGAGUACUGGGUGCGGCCCCCAUGGUGCAGGCAGGCUGUCCUCCAAACUUAGGUACUAACAUGGGCCCUGACACCUUGGGGCUGUACUUUGUUGCCCACCUUUCCGGCCUGUAGGGGCUGCAGCAGCUUAUCCUUGCAGGAUUCCCCGAAAUGAGGGGCUGCUCAGCCAGCCGUGUAGGCCCUACAUGCGGGCAGAGUCCCAGGAAACCAAGACACUACAAUGAGCUCUUCAUACUGUAUCUGUCUUUAAAUCACAUGUAGGCAUUUUCCCCCUUGAAGCUGCUAUAUCUUAUUUAUUCAGGGUGUUUUCUUGUUGGAAAACCUUGGCGAGUCUGUGCUGGCUCUGGGUCUUGUUUUGGGAUUGAAGUUGGUUUUAUUAUGUUCAAGGAGGAACGGUGACUGGACCUCCCUGUCUCUGGCUCACUCGCCCCUUCCCCACCCUGGAAAGGGGCAGUGUGACUGCAAGGACAGGCUCUGGGGAAAGGCCCUGCUCCACACCGUCUGAGUGCAGGUCACUCCGCGUGGCAGCUGCCCAUGGGGCUCCCGCUCGCUGCCUUGCCCCACCAGCUCUGCCUUUAGCACUGCCAGCCUCAGGUCUGGAUCUGACCUGAGCAGCAGUGCCAGGCAGCGUGGCUGUCGCCAGGACCUGCACAGGUCUGCAGAACACAGGCCACAGAGCACUGUGGCUCCUGCUGUGGCAAUGGACUGAACUGUAAUAAAAAUGUUAUUUAAUCUUUG